AUGCGUUCUGGAACACCAAUAUUAUGGGAUCAGUGGCCGCUGGAGAUCGAUAUUCACGCUUCACAUCACAAUUCUACCAACUGUGUCCUCUGGCUGCCUGUUUGGGCAUGCACACCGCGUAUCAUUGGCCGACUCGUGGUCACACCUAGCACGUACAUCGAGUCGCGGGGGUAUCUCUCAAAGGUCUCGCGCAUAGAGCCUACGGUUGUAGUGGUAUGCUGCUGA